GUCAGAGGGAGGAGAUUUUUCUCCGAUUUCGGGGCGGGGUCUUGUGACUCACCAUCAACUUCCUCAUAGACAGUAGAGCCGGUGAACUGUGUCACACUUCAACAUUGUACAGUUAGAGGUCUGAGUAGACUGCAGUGAAAAAGGAACGGGAAAAAUUGUACAGUAUAAUAAUUUGCCAGUGGAGUAGCGACCGGCAGAAAUUCACAUCGUUUGAAUGUCUGGUGACACAGCGCGAGAGGUGGGCUUCGAUUGUCAAGUCGCAAAGGUGCAUUCAACAGCAGACAUAACGUCGGGGAUGGAACAAGUCACAAUGAGCGACCGGUUCGACUGCGACAACUGCAAGGAGUCCCUAUACGGACGCAAGUACAUCCAGGCAGAUGGGGGAGAGGGGGACAACCCCUACUGCAUCCCCUGUUACGACAGCCUGUUCGCCAACACCUGCGACGAGUGCAAGGAGCUAAUCGGCCAUGAUGCCAGGGAGCUGUUCUACGAGGACCGGCACUACCACGAGCACUGUUUCCGUUGUUUCCGCUGUGACCGCUCGCUGGCGGACGAGCCCUUCACCAGCCAGGACGAGGCCCUGUUGUGCAACGACUGCUACUGCAAUGAGUUCUCAUCCAAGUGUGUGGCCUGCGACAAGACCGUCAUGCCAGGCACGAGGAAGUUGGAGUAUGGUGGCUCCACAUGGCACGAGGGAUGUUUCAUCUGCCACAGCUGUGAGCAGCCCAUCGGCUCCAAGUCCUUCAUCCCAGACAAGGAUGAACACUACUGCGUGUCCUGCUAUGAGGACAAGUUCGCCCCGCGCUGCACCCGCUGCAAAAAGGCCCUGGCUAAAGGGGGCGUGACGUAUCGGGAUGAGCCGUGGCACAAGGAGUGCUUUGUGUGUUCGGGCUGCAAGGUGCAGCUGGCAGGGCAGCACUUCACCUCGCGCGAAGACAACCCCUACUGCCUCAAGUGCUUCGGCAGCCUAUACUCCAAGAAGUGUGAGGCAUGCAGCAAGCCUAUCACAGGUUUUGGCGGAGGGAAGUACAUCUCGUUUGAGGAGCGCCAGUGGCACCAGCCCUGCUUCACCUGCACAGAGUGCUCGGUCUCUCUGGUGGGGGCGGGCUUCUUCCCCAAUGGAGACCAGAUCCUGUGUCGCGACUGCAACACCAAUAGCAAUCUAUAGACCACACACAGACACCGUAUCGCCCCUCUCCUAACACACACACACAUCCACCCACCUAGGUCAACCCCAGGGCCCCCCAUCACUGCCAUGGUUGUUAACACAGACCCACAGACUGCCUCUCAGGUCAUGCCAACACACACAAGUUGCUCACUAGACCACAGCUCGAUCCCUCAUCCUCCCCCAGAGCUUUCUGCAGCUUGCUGUCAAAUACCAGAGCUAAGCAUCAGGCUACUGAAGCACAGACAGACAAAUAUCAGCCAGACUAGGGUUGAUCUAACUUGGCAGAGGCACGUAUUCAUUGUCUUCUUUGCCAAAUAGACCUACUUUUCCUUCACCUGUAUGUAUGAGUGACUUUUAGGUCAGAUUAUGUUUGGUUUAACAGAGGAAAAAGUCUUCUCUUUGAACAGAACUGAACCGUUAUGAUCGAUUAACUGAUUAGUGGUGUCAUUUGAUGCAUUGCCAAUGAUCCACCAACCAAAAGAAUGAUCCACCAACCAAAAGAAUGAUCCACCAACCAAAAGAAUGAUCUACCAAAGAAAUAUAGUAUCUGCCAUCAAAGAAUGAACUGGUACGGGGGGAAAACCAUGGUUCUGAAUUCACUGAAGAAUUUAAUUCCAGUAUCACUACUCCAAUAUGCUGUAUUAGAGGCUAUAGCAUUUUAAUGUGAGGAUUAACAUUGACCAACGUGCAAACUGUCCAUCGAACAUUGGCCGAAAUCAUACUAUUUUGAUGUAGUUGCUAUCUAGACUGGAGAGGGGAGAUCCACUCCAAGGCGUUCAUUCUCCACAAUAAGUUGUGACUAUGUGGAAAAGUGUUUUGUGCCUUUAAAAAAAAUGCCAUACUUUAUAUAGUAUGUGUUAUCAAAACCAAAGAAAAGAGAAAUGCUUACAGCUAUGCGUACUUUUUGCUAGAUUGUUUUUGUAUGAACACAUCACCACUAAUCUAUGAAUGCAACACUUUUGUAAAGCAGCCACAGAACACUGAUAUUUACUACAUUGUAAAUAUGUUGAGUGAUUUCAAUGCCGAUAAGUAUGUUUGAGUGAUUUCAAUGCUGAUUGAUAAUUGCAGUUUUGUGACAUACGACUGUUCUCCUGUGUCAAUUAGGUUUCAAAGCAGCAUUUGCUGUCAUGCUUUUAGUUGUUACUUAACCUGUAGCCAUAUCAUGAUUAUUUUGAAGAGAAUAAUGAGAGAAUAAUAUGCUGCAGUGGUUUGUUUAUGCAGUUGUCAAACACUUUACAGUAUACCGAAGAAUAGGUCCAAGAGAUGAAGAAAAAAAUAGAAAUUGAGAGAACGUGAAAAGCAAGAAAGCUUGGUGUACUGGAGAAAACCAAUGAAGUCAGUUUAAGACAUAAGGUAAACGUUGUCAUGUAUUUGCACUAUGGCUAAAAUAUUCCCCGUGCUCCCAGAAUUUGUGAACAUACAAACGCAACUCGAGCAUUUAUAUAUGGAGCAACACCUAAACCACUCUUUGCCUUUUUUAAAAAUAACUAUUGUUUACUUUUUUCCAUAUUGACACUUAUCUAUGUUUUUCGUCAAGCAUAUUUCCUUUUUUUCGCCUUUGUAUUCAAUCUUUCUGUUACUAUCGCUGUCGUUUGUUAAUAAAUGGGCUAGUCCCAAAGAAGCUGA